AUGCCUGGUUCUCGAUACUCCAAGUUCAACCCCUUUGGGGGCUCUCAGUUGACCGCCAGUCCGAUCUCCGAAGAGCCCCUGCAAUUUUCCAACAUCAUCCCAGAUUCCGCAUUCAGUCGUCUGGCAGGAAGCUCGCCCAGCGACGACGGGGUGGAUAGAGAUUCGAACAAGCAGCGGGGCAGAGUCAACGGGAGGCAACUUUCAAGCAAAUCGACUGGUGAUAUUCAAUACGGCGUUCUUGACGGAAGUCGACCUCGCAGACGUCAGAGAACGGGUAGUUCACUAUACAAGGUUGCCUCGUCCGUCCGUGACUUUGCUGUUUCUCAUUUCAGCAUCCCGGCGGUCGCAGCGCCGUGGGAGCAUACACUGCCCGAGAAAUAUGGCGCAAACGAGCCCCCUUCGAGCACGGUUCGCUAUUUCGACUAUCGACGGCAGCGGCGGAGACUGUUUCUGAACAGCAGUUUCCAAUGGCUCAUCACUGCCAUUCUCUGCGCCGCAAUGGGCGGCUGCCUGUACGGCUUUUCCACCGUCGCCGACGGCCUGAGCAGCACACGGAAACAAGUCUUCAACGCCUUGAUGACCGGCCUGUCUUUGUGCCUGGGCCUCAACCUUGCGUCGUCACUGAGUGGCUACGCACUGAUGAUGCGCUGGCGCUUCUUGGCCUCAGGGUACCGCACCCUCCAGGAUUUUGAGCUGGUCAUGAACUGUGAUAGCCAGUCCACCGUAUUCCGUCUGAUCUGGGCCGGACGGACGCGCGGGACGCGACUGCCGAAUAAGACCCAGGUUCUCGCCGUGGUGUGGUUGGCGAUCAAUAUCGCCGUGCAGAUUUUCACCGCCUUGCUCGGGUUGACCUAUUCCGUCGACGUAAGUUCGGACACGGUUCACCUGGCCGUUGGAGAGGUCAGUAUAGCGGAUGUCUCGUACAUCGGGAAUGCUCAAAGUACGUUUGUAUUCGACAAGAAUCAGACAAAUGGGGAGUCCAUCCUCGCAGAGACAGCUGCCGCAAAUGAAUGGGGUGUCACCGGCCAGGACUUUGAGGUCUUUGAGAUUUCGUUUGGCCAACCAAUCGGCCACCUGCAGGCAAUCUACACCGACGGAAGCCUGUGGUGGUAUCGCUUCGUCGACCGCUCUCCGCUGACCGUGUCACUCUCGGUGGUCACUGAACGCACGGUCAACACCACUGCGACGUGCCAGUCGUUCCCGGUCACGUACGGAGGCUACGCCGGCUUCCAGACGGACAACGCCUCCAUCGCAUUCGACGUGACGUGGGUCGACGCCGACGGGCAGGAGAACACCUGGUGGAUCCCCGACGUGGCCACCGGCGCGACGACCUGGAUGUCGAACGCGACAAGCGACUGCGGCCCACGGUGCAUCGAGAUCUACGCCCUGCAGACCGCGGACAAUCUGACCGACAGCGUCCCGGAACCGCGCUUCUGGAGGUGCCUCUCCCACGUCUCCCACGUGGACAACGUCGACCUGUACAUCAAUCCCAGCCAGUAUCAAAUCCCCGACUUGCAGGCCCAGAUCCUGGCCGGGGCCAUCGGCUGGUCCGGCACGUUGUUGGCGGCCCGUGACAACAGCUCGUCGGCCCUCUCGCAGGCUGACCUGCAGAUGGUGCAGUACCCAGCCUCCAGCCAGUGGAGUGCGCCGGGAAACGUCACCGAGGACGACAUGGCGACGCUGGUCAUGAAGUUCACCGCAGGGGCCAUCUCGGCCCUCGACACCGACGGCCCGCGCUUGAACGUCACGGGCUACAGCCCGGGCCCAGCCCAGGUCCUCGACGUGCAGUGGCGGUACGCCGGCGCCAUCCUGGGCGCGAUUCCCGUGGGUCAGGGCCUGAUCCUGCUGGCGGUGAUCCUGCUAGCCCACAAGGCCAUCAUCAAGGACACGAGCCACCUGGGCAUGGCGCGCCUGCUGCGGCCCAUCGUGGACAAGCUGGGCGACACGGGCUGCCUGUUGACCGGGGACGAGAUCGCCGAGCGUCUGGGCAAUAUGAGAGUCAUCUACGGCGUCCGGGACCCGAACGACCGGAUCAACGGAUUUGGUGGAGCGACCGGCGGCGCCAACGACGACGACAGGAUCAGGCACCUCGACAUCAUCGAAGAGACCGAGGGCCUGGGCUAUCGAAGAGGCCGUAUGCCCGAGGGCCGAUAUGACGGCGUGCAUCCCCUGGUGCAAGAAGAGAUGGAGCCAUUGCUGUCGAGCAGCAUGGAUGACGAGGCGGUGUCUUCUCCAUGGGGAGCCAUGGGGGCGACAGGCAGAUGCGGUGAAGACAGUGCCUCUGGAUCGAGAAGACCGUGGGCCAGGCGCAGGAUGAGCAUCUAA